CCAUUUUGAGGCAAAUAUUUAGAUGAUAAAAAAGAAUAAUCGUGUUUUCAAUUCAAGAAAAAUCUUUAAAUUUAAGUUUUGUGAACGAAUUUUUGUUAUUUUAUUUACUUGGUAAGUGAACAAGUAACAUGGAUAAUGUGAGAAGAUGAAAAGUUGGAUCCAAAAAUCUCUAAAAAAUGAAGGAUUAGGGGAUAUUUAUACUCCUAGAUGUUGAUAAUGAGAAAUGUGUUACACAAAGGGUGCAAGAAUUUGUUUUGGGUUCAAUGUGGAUAGACCUAGUGAGAAACCCUCUAUUCCUUGGGGGAGGAGGAGUGCCUUGAGGUAAGGUAGGUUGUCAUUGCGGAAGGCAAUGAUAAGGUAUUAAUAGUUAGGGAGAAAAUCUCCUUUGUUAUUCCCCUAAAAGAAUCACUUGACUGGAUUUAUGUUAUAUAAUGUUUAUUUGUGAAGAAAAAUCAUCUAUGAUAACAUAAAUCUCUUCGAAGAAUGUUUUUAUGCAAUCUUUCCUAAGAGAACUUAUUAUUUAAGGAUAGCGUCCUUUUUUUCGAAAGAAUGACAUUGCCCCAACAAAAGAUAUGCUACAACAAUGAGUUAAGGUUGACAAGAAUAAUCGUAUUUAUCAAUUUGAAAAAAGUCUUUUAACCUUAAAAUCUAUGAAUAAGUUUCGAGUUAAUGAUAUUUAUUUAUUCGUGACGAGACACAUUAAGAUCGAUAGAUCACUCGCUAAUAAAUAUUUUUAGUGUUGCACAAUUUUGUGUCGAGACGUGGUUAGUUUUAUAUUAUAUAAAAAUAUGAAUUUAAUAAAGAUUUAUGAUGGGAGGAAUGGGAUUAUCUAUCUAAUGCCGGUUGACGAAGAAUUAUUCCUACAUAAGAGGUCGGCAAAAAUGAAUGAAUAGAGUCAGUUAAACUGACAAAUCAUAGAUUAUGGAAAAUAACUGACAAAUCAUUCAUUGUACGAGGACGAGUCGUCCAUGGAUAUUAUGGGCUUUGUAGACGAGACGAGAGAAUCUGAAGGACAAUUGUAAAUCUCUCGACAACUCACUCCUCGAUGGUGAAUUAUCCUUUUUAUUUGAUUAGGGCAAAAACAGUAGAGCAAAGCCUUAUCGGCGCAGACGGCAGGCGGUGGGCACGCUAUAGCACCGUAGUCACACAGAGCAGGGGCUUCGGGGAGUCUUAUAUAUUAGAUUAGAUAGUCUGUAGCUUCCGCAUCUACGAGUACCCUACCCUAGAUGCCUCUGUACCCACAAUUUCCUAUAUUCUAUCCACAAUCCGAAUCCCCCAGAUACGCUCCGACUCUUCUUCCUUUUGAUAAUAGUUUCGCAAUUUGUCGCUCCAGAAAUGAUGGGUGAGAACCCAAAGAAAGCGACGAAUGCCAAGACCAAGAAGAAGAAGAAGCGUGGGGGAGGCAAGAGAAAGAUGACCGUCGAGCAGAGCAUGGCGCAUAGAUGCGUGAGCGAAUGGGUUUUCUCGGACCAGUCUUCGUCAUUGGCCCGUCCUGCUUCCGCUGAUGACGACUUUGGGGUUGGCUUGCUCGUGAAUAGCAACGGCAGGUUUUCGGAGAAGUUGGUCUUCGAGUUCCAUUCUCAUUCGAUUUGCAGCGAUGGGUUCUUGUCGCCUACCAAGCUGGUCGAGAGGGCACAUCAUAAUGGGGUAAAAGUUCUUGCUCUGACAGAUCAUGACACAAUGUCUGGCAUUCCUGAAGCACUGGAUGCAGCUCGAAGAUUUGGCAUAAAGAUUAUCCCUGGUGUUGAAAUUAGUACAAUUUACUCUCCAAGGGGAGAAUCUGGCAUAGAGGAACCAGUUCACAUCCUCGCCUAUUACAGCAGCUGUGGGCCAACAAGAUCUGAGGAACUGGAGAAGUUCUUGGCUGACAUAAGGGAUGGACGUUUCCUUCGUGCAAAGAACAUGAUUUUAAAAUUGAACAAACUUAAAUUUCCUCUUAAGUGGGAGAAUGUUGUGAAGAUUGCUGGAAAGGGGGUUGCUCCUGGGAGGCUGCACGUGGCUCGGGCAAUGGUUGAAGCAGGUUAUGUAGAGAAUCUGAAACAAGCUUUUGCCCAAUAUCUUUAUGAUGGCGGACCUGCUUAUUCCACAGGGAGUGAGCCUCUUGCCGAGGAAGCAGUGAAAUUGAUUUGUCUAACAGGGGGAGUGGCAGUACUGGCUCAUCCAUGGGCGUUAAAGAAUCCUGCUGCCAUCGUCAGGAAGUUGAAAGACUCGGGCCUUCAUGGAAUAGAGGUUUAUAGAAGCGAUGGAAAACUGGAAGCAUUCAGUGACCUAGCAGAUGCCUAUGAUCUAGUAAAGCUUGGAGGGUCCGAUUUUCAUGGGCGAGGCGGGCAGCGUGAGUCUGAUCUGGGCAGUGUUGGCCUCCCAGUUUUGGCUGUGCACGAGUUCCUGAGGACAGCCAGACCAAUCUGGUGCAGUGCUAUUAGAGGCAUUCUAGAGAACUAUGUUGAGGAGCCCUCUCGGCCAAAGUUUGAGGGGAUUAUGAAGUUUGGGAAGACUAGAACUUUUAAGGCCGGCUCCCCCCUUAUUAAAAGCGAUAAUGACUCCAUUAAUCUCUGCUUAUCUUCAUGGUUGACAAAUGAAGAAAUGCAGGAUUCAAUGUUCGAGGAAAUUAAGGUGAAGCUCUCCCAGAUUUCAAUCAGUGAGGAGGUAGCAGCGGACAAGUAGGUCUUAGGCAGAGUUAAUUCUUUGUAUCUUAUUUGUAGCCAAGGUCAGGUGAGGUGGUGCGAUGAUAUUCAAUUUCUUCUUCAUCUUAAGGCCAAUUUUUGUGGCAUAUCUUUACUUGUUGAGGUGUAUCGAUACAUUCCUCUUCGAAAUUGCGUGUUUUUUUAAGUA